GUAUCGGAGAGCCGCAGUCAGCUGAGUACACCAGCCGUCGAGGCGACCCCGCCACCACCGGCGGCGACGGCGGCGGCGGCGCCUGAGGCAGCCUCCAUAGCGGUCAAGCGGCGAGCCAGCACCGACCUCCGCGUGGCCUCCAAGCGGCUCCACACCUCCCCUCCACCGGCGCCGCCGCCGGCUCCACCGCCCGCCGUCAGCGCCACCUACACAGCGCCGGGGGCGAUAGUAGCGCCUCUGGCGGCGGCCGGCCGACUCACCGCCGUGCUGCCGGCCGCCGGUCCCGAGCUGCCUGAACUGCAGCUGGAGGCGGAACACGGCGGGACGGCCGGACUGCACCUGCUGACCUGUCGGCAGGGCGCGGAGUUCCGCUGGCGGACGGUGCUCUCCUCCCCGGCGGUGGCUCUCCGCUGCUGCGAGGAGCGCUGCCUGGCCUGGACUGCCGACGGCUCGCUGCUCUGCCUCUCUCGCGCCGGCCGGCUCCUCCUGCCCCCUCUGGCCAUGCCGGGGCCCGUGGCGCGAGUGGCCGCCCGCGGCCGGCACGUGCUGGUGGUCACGUGCGCCGCGGAGGUGAGCACGUGGGACGUGCGCGCGGUGGCGGCGCGCGUGCGCCGGGAGCCGGCGGCGCAUCUACUGCGCGGCGGCGCGCGGCUGACGGGCUGUACGCUGACCGAGGACGGGCGGCCGGUACUUGUCGUGUCCUCAGGCAGGGCGUACCUCUACAGCGAGACCAUGGCCGGCUGGCAGCUGGUCACCGACGGCCGUGCGCCGGGCGCCGCCCUGUCCGAGGUGCAGCCGCAGCUGCCGGCCGCCCCUGCCAGCGGUCAGGCGCUGGCUGUACUGAUGGCCCAGGUGCGUCGGCUGCGGCCGGCCGCCCCCGCCGCCGCCCCCGCCCUGGCGGCCGCCGCCGCCGACCCCCAGCUGGCUGCCGACGCCGCCGCCUCCUUCCUCGAUUCGCAGGUGGCCGCUGCGGUGGCCCUGGGCUCACCGGGCGAGUACUCGCUGUGGCUGGCGGCUCUGUUCCGUCAGCUGGCCUCCUGCGGGGACGAGGCUCGGCUGAGGGACCUCUGCGAGCGGCUACUGGGGCCGGCCCACUCCGGCGCCAGCCUCAGCGCCAGUCCGACCGCUGAGCUGGGGCUGGACGGCAGGACACUGCUCAAAGAGCUGCUGCCUCUGCUGGUGUCCCACCUCAGUCUGCAGCGGCUCUACACCGAGAUCAAAGACCAGCUGGACUGUGUGGAGCUGGCCGACUCCAUAUAGGUACAGAGGGAGAGCCUGCCACCUCUACACAGAGAUCAAGGACCAGCUGGACUGUGUGGAGCCGGCCGACUCCAUAUAGGUACAGAGGGAGAGCCUGCCACCUCUACACCGAUACCAAGGACCAGCUGGACUGUGUGGAGCUGGCCGACUCCAUAUAGGUACAGAGGGAGAGCCUGCCACCUCUACACCGAUACCAAGGACCAGCUGGACUGUGUCGAGCUGGCCGACUCCAUAUAGUUAGGUACAGAGGGAGAGCCUGCCACCUCUACACCGAGACCAAGGACCAGCUGGACUGUGUGGAGCCGGCCGACGAGCUGUAGAAGCAGAGGGAGAUCCUGCCGCCCUCCUGACUCCUGAGACACAGGACGAGGUGCGGUUACUGGGGCGGGGAACACACUGCCACACUACCUGGGUGGAGGGAACUACUCGGGACCCGGUGACCAGCGCCAGCGGUGUAAACGAGCUAUGCAGCUAACGCCUGUGUUCAGAAGAGGCUGAAUAGUCGGGUAGCGUGUUACAUUUGUACAAUGGUUUAGUGUACAUCUGUAGGUGCUGCUGGAUAGGGCAGGUUUUUGACAAGUCUACGUAGGUUGAAGUCCUCACAUCCGUGUGUCCCGGGUACCGUGCGGCGGCUCCGUGAAUGGCGGCCGUCUGCGUCAGGUACUGCCAAUCGGACACCCAUUCGACUGAGCUAACAGUUACACUACGGCGUAGGUACUGACGUGACGUCCCGCGUCGUAUGACGUCAAUGUCCUGCCGUCAUCUAGCCAUUGUUACACCCAUUCACUGCCACUUGGUCACUGCCCUGGCCCGGUCGCUUGUUCGCUUGAGAUGGAUAAAACGUGUUCUACGCUGUAGGAUCGCCGGCGUGUUGCUAGGCAACCGGCAAAGCACGCAGGCUGAACAAUCUCCCAGUCAAGUGGUAGCUCUGGAGGUUCAUAGAGAUUUGAUAGUGAGGCUGUUGGUUUUGAUAUGUUCUGUACUAAAUGCCGAGAAUAAGUGAUUUUGUACGAUGUGUCCGAAGUACAAAGGUUGUGUUUUUCGAAGCGGGAAUGCUAAAUGGAAGCCAUUGUCCCCUUUUCGAAUCAAUUGAGUUGUGCUUUUGUUUUGUCGAUAGAUAGGUUGAUUUUGGCAUUUAUUGCCGAUUGUUCCGUGACAUUGUAUUUUGCCAGUCAACUCGUUUCAUUUUGCGUCGUUUACUUGUGCUGGUUGUUUUGUACGGCUUUUUUGAAGGUUACGUAUGCGCUGGCACUGCGCUGUUCUGAGAGAAUGGUGAUUGGGAGCUGCCAAGUAAAGUAGUCGCCAGAUGCUACUGUUAUCAUCUGUGAGAGCUGAUGAAAACUGAAAAUAGAAUUGUUUGAUUUUCA